AUGGCUGCUAGUGACACUCCUCCUGUCCCCGUCACGGGCGCGCCAGCUUCAGCUGAGCCUGCUGGGACGCCUCAGGCAAAGUCCGUAUCGUCAGCUCCGCAGGCGACGUCUGCGGCUGCGACUAGUUCCUCCACCGCCCCUUCUGCCGGUGCGUCGACGCGUGUAGCUCCGAAACCCACGUCAGAGAUCGAUCCUAUCUUCCUGACCAAAUCGGAUGACCUGAUCAGAGCGGAAAUCCAGCUGCAGCGGCAGAGGGUGGAGAGGGUGUUACGGGAACAACUGGAACAGAGAAAGCUCGAGACCAGGCAGAAGGCGUCCGCACAGGAGGCAAGGCCCGACUUCGACGUGACGGACGUGUUGAAUAAGGCCCUGGAGAUUGUUAAGCCUCUUCCACCUAGUGAUGUUCACGGCGCUAAUGGCACAACCGCCCCCAGCGACCCCUUCGACGAGAAUUCCUUCUACUCUAGUAGAGCUCCCGACUCGCCCCAGCAUGAACCAGGCUCGUCGGAGUCGGAGCGACAGGGCCCCCCCUCAGGAUCCCGGAGGGAGCCCUGCCGGCUGAUGUCCCUGUAG